UGAGCAAAAUGACAUAAGAAAAUAAAUCUAGAUUUUAGACAAAAAAAUAUCAAAAUUAAGUGAAUUUGUGCCUAAAACAAGUUAAAAUUCUGCCAGUGGGAUAGGAAAAAAUAUUGAAAAUUCAAGAAAUAAAAAUCAAGAAACGUUUUCUUACCCCAUUGGCAGGUGGUUUUUUUUUUUUUGCUUGUUUUAGGCUGAAAUUCACUUAAAAUGCACUUAUUCAUUUUCUUAUUUUAUUUUCUUGCUAUUUUUGCUCAUCUUGAUUUAAGAAUUUGGAGAUAUUUGUACUGAAAACAAGACAGAAAUACUAAGUAAGAAAGUCAUUUUUUGCAGUGAAGACAUGAAUGACACUGUCUUAUAAGUGAUAUGACUUGGAAAUUAUACGAGGUGAUGAUGAUAAAAUGUAUAUUAUUAAUGUUACUUGUUUUGUUAUCUAAUGCAAAAGCACUCAUAUUAAGCUGUUGGAUGUAUUAUGAUACCAUUCAGUCUUUAUUUACCUUCUGUAGACGUGUGUGUGUUUAAGCACCUGCCCUUUGUAAACAUACAUUCACACUGAAGAUUACAAGACUGUACUUUAAUGUAUUUUCUUGUGGAUAAACUUUUUAAUUUAAUGAAAAACAACACCGCUCUGCCACUUCUUUAAGUUUAUUAUUUAAUACGAGUGUUAAGAUCAUCUUCAUGAAUCAAACAUCUGGUGUUGAGGAACUGUCAGUCAGAGAAGUCACGGUCAAACCUCGGCAGAAGACGAUGCUUCAUUUCUCUAGUGGAGAGAUUCUGACAGAUUCUGACAGUGAGGAAGAGGAACAUGAGCUUCAUCAAGAGUCCUGUGUUUCUCAGCAGGAAAACUGGACAUUGAAGGAACGUUCUUGCUUUUGGGGGACACAAGUUUUUAAAGUGUCUUUAGGAAUUUGUGAUUUCCUUGGAGAGAAAAUGGCUGGUUUACUGGGGCUGACCGCUGCUAAAUACCAGUAUGCCAUUGAUCGCUAUAACAGAGAUCACCUGAAUGGAUCAGGAGAGAUUGACUCCCGAGAAAAACCAGAGAGCAUUCAUCUGUCUCAGAUUGUGAAUAAACAAUAUGGAUCCAACUUCAAAACCCCCAAAACCCUGAAGGGGAUGCCAUGAUAGAGAUCUGAGAAAUAAAACACUAAUAAAAAAUGAAAACUGUGUAAGCUGUGCUUCAAAAAAAUAUGUUUAGUUUAUGAGAUAUUUGUUUUGUAGGUUAUCAACAAGUCUGUUUACAAAAUAAAUAGCCACAAAAUACUGAUUUGAGUUGCAGACAUUAAAGAUUAUUAGUCUCAAUGGUUAAUUGUUUCCCUUCCUAAAAUUAACCAUGGUUUGACUACAGUUAAAAAGUUACUCCAUUGUAAUUAAUACACCAACAAAACAUGGUUACUACACUUUUACCACAAAAAACAUGGUUCAUUUUUGUAAGGGUUGUUAUGAUACUAACAGAAUGUUCAUGAACUGGGCCCUAUUGCACAAAACUAAGAUAAGGGGUUAAGCCAGGGUUACACUUCAGUUGCAUAUGUCUCAAUAUUCAAACCUUGUCCCCCAAGCAUGAAUUCAACAUGCACUGUUAUACCAAAACUGCUUAAUAGCAACAUCCCACAAACCGAGAGUUACGUAUGUAACUACGGUUCU